CGUUGAGUCGGGAAAAGUUUCACCUCUAUCUACUAUCUGCAAUCUUCGGAACCCAACUAGCAUUCCAUUCAAUCUAAUCUUCUGAUACUCAAAGCACAAAUACCUAGGUUUUUUCUUCAAUCACAAACCCUAAUUUUUCUGUCUCCCUCGCCGAGAUGCGGACGUUAUCAUCAACAAUUCCGAAUCACGUACGGUUCUUGCUCCGCGACUUGACCGAAGACAACGCCGAUUCUGUUUUUCGAGAGCUUUGUCAGUUUAUUGAAUAUGGUGUUGAGGAAAGCAGUAUGGUGCUUCAAUCUUGCUUGGAAAUUGUGCUUUCCCAAACAACAGAAUUGAAAAACAUGCAGCUGGAAUCAGUUGUUUUGUCUAUUUUCAAAUUUCUUUUGGAGAGACCGAACUUUAGCAUGGUGCUUCGCCAGUCGCUUAUAAGUUCAGAGAUCAAUGAAGAGUUCCUAGAGAAUUUUUGUAACUUGUUGCAUUUAUCUCUUACUGAAAAAAUUGCUAUUGGCUUUGCUCUUUCUGAUUCUGAGAAAAUAGAAAUCAGAACAACUGCAAAGAAAUUUUGCAUUGCUCAGAUUGAAGAGCUGUGUUCCAAUCCAGUUUCUUUGAAUUCUGCGGACCAAAUUCAGAGUAUUGUUAUGUUCCUCCAGCAGUCUGAGGGCCUCUCCAAACAUGUAGAUCCGUUUUUGCAGAUGUUAUCCUUGGUUCAACCUAAAGAUGUUUUCCCUUUCUUUCUAACUCCAUUGCUCUCAGAUGAAUUGCGGGACAAUAAUUUCUUGAGGAGCAUGGAUCUGUUCCAUGAAUCCGAGGAAAAUGAAUUUGAUACUCUCUUAGCUGAAAUGGAGAAGGAGAUGAGCGCUGGUGAUAUUGUGAAGGAGUUGGGCUAUGGAUGCACAUUUGAUGCCUCACACUGCAAAGAGAUACUGACCAAUUUCUCACCUAUGACUGAGAGUACUAUCUCAAAGAUAGUUGGGAUUAUUGCCCGGAAUCAUGCUGGCCUUGAGGAGAACCAAAGCACAUUUUCAAACUUUGGCUUAGCUCUUGGUUGCAGCAUUUCUUCUGAACUCCCACUGUUAAGCUCUUGGAAUAUUGACAUCCUUGUAAAAACAAUCAAGCAACUUGCUCCUGCUACCAACUGGAUAAAAGUGAUGGAAAAUAUGGAUUAUGAGGGGUUUUACAUUCCAAAUGAAGAAGCAUUCUCUUUCUUGAUGUCUGUAUAUCGACAUGCUUGUAAGGAUCUCUUCCCUCUCCACGUCCUAUGUGGGUCUAUAUGGAAAAAUGCUCAGGGUCAACUAUCUCUUCUUAAAUAUGCUGUAUUGGCACCACCAGAAGUGUUUACUUUUGUUCAUUCUGGAAGGCAGAUGGUUUACAAUGAUGCAGUACAUGGACAUAAGCUUCAAGUUGGACAUGCAAAUCAUGCGUGGCUGUGUCUUGACCUUUUGGAAGUGCUCUGUCAACUUGCUGAGAGGGGUCAUUCUAGUUCUGUUCAAUCAAUGCUUGAAUAUCCUCUGAAGCACUGUCCAGAAGUCUUACUACUUGGGAUGGCACAUAUUAACACUGCUUAUCAACUUAUUCAGUACGAAGUGUCUUUCACAGUUUUCCCCAUGGUAAUGAAAAAUGCCUCAGGUAGUGGUAUGAUACUUUACCUCUGGCAUGUAAAUCCUACUCUUGUUGUACGGGGAUUUGUGGAUGCUUUCUACAUUGAGCCAGCCUGCAUUAUCAAGAUACUCGACAUCUGCCAAGAGCUAAAGAUUCUGUCAUCAGUGUUAGAGGUGAUUCCUUUUGCUGUUGGUAUUAGAUUGGCAGCUCUAGCUUCACGGAAUGAUUUUUUAGACCUUGAAAAGUGGCUGACUACUAACUCAGUAACAUACAAGGAUUUUUUCUUUGAGGAAUGUAUAAAGUUUUUGAAGGACGUCCAACUUGUUGGGUCGCAGGAACUCUCUUCUAGCAAACCUUUCUAUCAUGAGAGUUCUGUUAUGAAUAUUUAUACGGAGACUAGCACUACCUUCCUGAAGGUCCUUAAAGCUCACACUGGCAUAAUCAUCUCUACUCAUCUUUCUGAGGAAAUGGAAAAAUUACAUGUUACUAUGGAUAAUCCAAGGCUGCAAAAUGGUGGCUCUGCAGAUCCAUCUACCCCUGAACCGUUCUCUGAUGAUAUUGAGGCUGAAGCAAAUUCUUAUUUCCAUCAAAUGUUUUCUGGUCAGUUAACAAUUGAUGCUAUGGUUCAAAUGCUUGCUCGAUUCAAGGAAUCACUUGUACAAAGGGAGCAGUCUAUUUUUGAGUGCAUGAUUGGCAAUCUAUUUGAGGAGUACAGGUUCUUCCCUAAGUAUCCUGAAAGACAAUUAAAAAUUGCUGCUCUUUUAUUUGGUUCUGUUAUCAAGCACCAGCUUGUAACUCAUCUAACUCUUGGGAUAGCAUUACGUGGUGUUUUGGAUGCACUACGCAAACCACCAGAUUCCAAAAUGUUUGUCUUUGGGAUCAAUGCCUUGGAUCAGUUUUUAGAUCGCCUGAUAGAGUGGCCACAAUAUUGCAAUCAUAUCUUACAGAUAUCUCAUUUGCGUUCAACUCAUUCAAAUAUUGUUGCUUUCAUAGAUUUGGCACUUUCCAGGAUCUCAUCUGGUCAUUUGGAAUCUGAUGUAGACAAUGCUUCUACUGUUUAUCAACGUGGAUUAUCUCAGUCUAGCUUUGGAAAUGGGGAGUUGAAUGGUGUUAGCAGUGCGCAGCCUCUGCAUCAACUUUCCUCUACACUCAAUGUUCAACAGAGACAUGAAAGUCCUCUUGAUGACCGGCAUAAAAUUUCUGUGGCUUCAUCGAACGAUGCCAAACCUAUUUUAUCACCUGGGGGUCAAUCUUCAGUUGCUCUUUUAAGUGAUAAUUCAAUCAUACCGAAGUUUCAACUGCAGAGUGCUGUCAGUGCUCCAUCUAUGCUGUCUUCUUCACAUAGUUUUGUCCGUUCCUCCCGAGGAGUGACCUCAACCAGAUUUGGCUCAGCUUUGAACAUUGAAACUCUUGAAGCUGCUGCCGAGAGGAGAGAAACACCGAUUGAGACACCGACACAAGAGAUUGAGGGCAAAAUAGCAUUCAUAAUCAACAAUAUCUCAUCUGCAAAUAUUGAAGCUAAAACAAAAGAGUUCACUGAAAUAUUGAAAGAGCAGUAUAAUCCCUGGUUUGCCCAGUAUCUGGUUAUGAAAAGGGCAAGCAUUGAGCCUAAUUUUCAUGAUUUGUACUUGAAAUUCCUUGAUAAAGUUAACUCAAAGGCCUUGAAUAAAGAGAUUGUCCAGGCCACUUAUGUGAACUGCAAGGUUCUCUUAGGUUCAGACCUGAUAAAAUCAAGUUCAGAAGAACGGUCAUUGCUAAAAAAUUUGGGAAGCUGGCUCGGGAAAUUAACAAUUGGCAGGAAUCAUGUUUUGCUGUCUCGUGAGAUAGAUCCCAAAUCUUUGAUCAUAGAGGCUUAUGAGAAGGGUUUGAUGAUUGCUGUAAUUCCAUUUACUUCCAAGAUUCUGGAGCCAUGCCAAAGCAGUCUAGCCUACCGGCCUCCUAAUCCUUGGACUAUGGCAAUUCUUGGAUUGCUUGCCGAGAUUUAUUCUAUGCCGAACUUGAAAAUGAAUCUUAAGUUUGAUAUAGAGGUCCUAUUCAAGAAUCUUGGUGUGGAUGUGAAGGACAUAACACCCACGUCUCUUUUGAAGGAUCGGAAGAGAGAGAUGGAAGGGAAUCCUGAUUUCUCUAAUAAAGAUGUCGGACCGUCUCAAGGGCACUUGGAAGCUAAAACCGGAAUAAUCUCUUCCCUUAAUCAGGUUGAUUUACCACUUGAAGUUGUCAACCCGACUAAUUCUGCUGCCCCGACUCAAUUGAUAACUCCGUAUGCUGCUCCUGUUCAUCUUCCUGGUGGGACAUUAGCAGAGGAUGACAAAUUAGUUACAAAUGUGUCUGAUCAGCUUCCUUCUGCUCAAGGGCUAUUCCAAGUUCCUCCCCCUCAGCCGCCUUUCUCUGUCAGUCAGCUUACCAGUGCACUACCGAACUUUGCUUCCCUUGUUAUUAUCAACCCGAAGCUCAACUCUUUGGGGUUGCAACUGCAUUUUCAUAGAGUGGUUCCUCUUGUAAUGGAAAGAGCUGUCAAAGAUAUAGUUAAUAGCAUUGUUCAGCGUAGUGUUUCUAUAGCUACCCAGACGACAAAGGAACUUGUUUUAAAGGAUUAUGCAAUGGAAACUGAUGAGACGCGAAUAUAUCACGCGGCACACUUGAUGGUUGCAAGUUUGUCCGGAAGCCUAGCCCAUGUAACAUGCAAGGAACCAUUGCGUAAUUUGAUAUCAAAUCAGCUAAGGAAUUCACUCCAGGGUUUGAAUAUAGGAAGUGAACUGUUGGAGCAUGCUGUGAUACUUGCAACAAAUGAUAACCUUGAUCUUGGGUGUGCAGCGAUUGAGCAUGCUGCUGCAGAAAGGGCAGUAAUAGCGAUUGAUUCAGAAAUCGAGCAACAGCUCUCUGCAAGAAGAAAGCACCGAGAUGGUGUUGGUGCAGCUUUUUUCGAUGCAAACAUAUAUUCACAAAGUUCUAUGAGUCUUGUGCCUGAGGCCCUUCGGCCCAAACCUGGUCACCUUUCUGUCUCUCAACAGCGAGUUUAUGAGGACUUUCUUCGGCUUCCAUUGCAAAGUCAAUCUAGCCAGAGUUCACAUACUUUACUAGCAAGUUCCUCAACUUCUGCUGGCUCUACUGCUAUGGCUGGUACAUACAGUUCAGGGUCAGGGAUUGUCAAUAUAGGCCAGUCGUCAGCUCCUGGAAAUGUUGGGUUUGAAGCAGUAUCUCGGGCAAUAGAUAUUACUACUGAUCCGAUUGAGUCUAAUUCAGCUGCAUUUUUUAGUUCUCCUAUUCAUAGUGGGGUUGAUGGUGCUAAUCAGCAAAGUUCUGAAAAUGAAUCCGUCAGUGUUCCAUUUUCUUCUGCUGCUCCAGUCCCUGAACUUCAUUCGGGGGACGCUUCUGAUGGUUUAAAGGAGACGGGAAUUUCUUUACAACCAAUAUCUUCGUCAACUGCUUCUGAUCGGCUUGUGAGUGGCAGUUCAGACCCUUCAUUGAGUACGAGGGAUGCAUUGGAUAAAUAUCAGAUUGUUGCACAGAAGUUGGAGGCUUUGGUUAUGAGUGAUGGCAAAGAAGCAGAAAUCCAGGGCCUAAUUACUGAGGUUCCUGAGAUCAUCCUCAGAUGUGUCAGUCGAGAUGAGGCAGCUUUAGCUGUGGCUCAAAAGGUUUUCAAGGGUUUAUAUGAAAAUGCAUCAAACAAUUUUCAUGUCAGUGCCUGUCUUGCAAUUCUGGCCACUAUUCGUGAUGUUUGCAAGCUUGUAGUCAAAGAACUCACUAGCUGGGUCAUUUACUCAGAUGAAGAGCGGAAGUUUAACAAAGAUAUUACUGUUGGCCUUAUACGCAGUGAAUUGCUCAAUCUUGCGGAGUACAAUGUUCAUAUUGCGAAACUUAUUGAUGGGGGAAGGAAUAGUAAGGGUGCAACUGAAUUUGCUGUCUCACUUAUCCAAGCUUUAGUUGUCGAGGAUUCGAAAGUUAUUUCUGAACUCCACAGCCUUGUUGAUGCACUGGCUAAGCUUGCUGCAAAACCGGGAUCCGCUGAGUCAUUACAACAGCUUAUUGAGAUUGUCAGAAAUCCUGUUACUAAUUCUGCCGUCUUAUCUGGUUUUACUGUCGGAAAGGAGGAAAAGGUCAGACAGUCUAGAGAUAAAAAGUCUUCAAAUCAGCUUACCUCUAACAGGGAAGAACACGUCAUUGUUGAUUCUGCAGAACCAGAUCCUGCUGGUUUCCGCGAGCAGGUCUCCAUGUUAUUUGCGGAUUGGUACCGCAUUUGUGAACUCCCAGGUGCAAAUGAUGCAGCUUCCAAUCAUUAUAUCCUACAAUUGCAUCAAAAUGGACUGUUGAAGGGAGAUGAUAUGACAGAGCGUUUUUUUCGUAUCCUUACAGAACUUUCUGUUUCACAUUGCUUGUCUUCGGAGGUUAUUAAUUCUGGUGCAUUGCAAUCAUCUCAACAAGGGCAGACUUUGUCCUUCCUUGCCAUUGAUAUUUUUGCAAAGCUUGUCUUCUCAAUCUUAAAGGUGGAGCAGGGAUCAAGCAGGUUUUUUCUUUUAUCCAAGAUUUUGGGUGUGACUGUGAGAUUAAUACAGAAGGAUUCCGAGGAGAAGAAAAUAUCUUUUAAUCCAAGACCGUAUUUCAGAUUGUUUGUGAACUGGCUUUUGGAUCUUGUUUCCUCAGAUCCAGUUAUUGAUGGUGCAAAUUUUCAGAUCUUGACAGCCUUUGCCAGUGCAUUUCAUAACUUACAGCCCCUUAAAGUUCCUCCAUUCAGCUUUGCAUGGCUCGAGUUGGUGAGCCAUAGGAGCUUCAUGCCAAAAUUACUUACUGGAAAUGCUCAGAAGGGUUGGCCCUUUGUCCAGCGCUUGCUAGUAGACUUGUUUCAAUUCCUGGAGCCAUUUUUAAGGAGUGCUGAACUAGGAAUGCCAGUUCACUUUCUUUAUAAAGGUACACUUAGGGUACUGCUGGUACUUCUUCACGAUUUCCCCGAAUUCCUAUGUGAUUAUCAUUUCACGUUUUGUGAUGUGAUUCCUCCAAGCUGCAUACAAAUGCGUAAUAUUAUCCUUAGUGCAUUUCCCCGCAAUAUGAGACUUCCAGAUCCAUCUACUCCCAAUUUGAAGAUUGAUUUGCUACCUGAAAUAAGGGAGGCUCCUCAUAUUCUCUCUGAGGUUGAUGCAGCUCUUAAAGCAAAGCAGAUGAAAGCUGAUGUGGAUGAGUAUCUGAAGACGAGGCAGCAGGGUUCUUCAUUCCUGACUGAACUGAAGCAGAGAUUACUGCUUUCACCAAGUGAAGCUGCUUCUGCUGGCACUCGCUACAAUGUACCAUUGAUCAACUCGCUUGUGCUUUAUGCUGGGAUGCAGGCCAUCCAGCAGCUGCAAGCAAGAGCACCUCAUUCCCAGUCAACAGGGAACACUGCACCUUUAGCUGUAUUAUUGGUAGAUGCUGCUUUGGAUAUUUACCAGACUCUUGUACUGGAACUCGACACUGAAGGGAGAUACCUCUUUCUGAAUGCUGUCGCUAAUCAGUUGCGCUAUCCAAACAACCACACGCAUUACUUCUCUUUUGUCCUCCUUUAUUUAUUCGCUGAAUCGAACCAGGAAAUCAUUCAGGAGCAAAUCACCAGAGUUUUAUUGGAGCGCUUAAUAGUUAAUAGACCUCAUCCGUGGGGGCUUCUGAUUACUUUUAUUGAGCUCAUCAAGAAUCCUAGAUAUAACUUCUGGAACCGAUCUUUCAUAAGAUGUGCACCAGAGAUCGAGAAACUCUUCGAGUCAGUUGCAAGAUCAUGUGGUGGCUUAAAGCCUAUGGAUGAGAGUAUGGUCUCAAACUGGGCUUCUGAGGGCACACGCUGAGGGUUUUGACAUGACUGCCUGAUUUUUGUUCAACUUGUAACAUUUUUAUUAUUUUGUAAUUAGCACCGAGAAUAAAACUUUUUAGGAAAGACUGAUAUCUUGUACAGGAAUACAUUAGAAUUUGAUGCAUGAUAUCUUGUACAGCGGUAACAAUUGAAGCAUUCUUAACCUUUUCAUUCGACUA